GUCAGCCUUGACAACAACUCCUGCGACAUUCCUCGAUGCUCUUGCAACAAAGAAUUCCCGACCCAUCUCCUGUCAGUCCACCUGUAUUGGUGAGAAUAUCCGGUGUAACGCGCGUAUCCGGCGACACAAGCGCGCUUGGGCAUCAACAAGCACAACAUUACUUCGAGAGGGUCUGAGGGUCGAUUUUCCAUUGGGUUUGUCACUUCUCCCUGGUUUCUCAGGGGCUGUUUUGUGAUUCGAGCGCGUCGACGUUCUACAACCCUCAUUUGAAGAGAACUCAAUCUUGCGAUGGCGUCUCGGGCUGGAGCGCCAACGUCCCGGGGCGCGGGUCCCAGUAGCGCUCCGUCCGUGACGGCGAAGUCGACGACAGAUCCCGUCCUCCGCAACGCGCUGCGCUACACGAUCUCGGCGCGCGAAUAUGCGGCUCUUCACAAAUACGUCAUAUCGCGGUCGCGAGCGCUCAAGAAACGGGCACCGACGGUGGACACAAUGCAGAGGAUCAUAGACGGCCCUCGAGGGCGCGCCUCGUCGGUCAGCAAGGGAGGCAAGGGCAAAGGGAAGAGCCGGGCGGGCGAGGGAGAUAGGGCUGUCGCGGUGCACGGCGCGGAUGAUUACAAUGCGCGGGCAAUUCGGCAUUCCAUCCGCGUGUUCGUCGCGACCGGCGCAUUGAUGAAGCUCUGGGGCGUGGUGUUGGCGAGGUUGACAGGGAGAAAAAAGGAUCCCGCAUCAGCAACACAAAAGAAACAACCUUUACACAAAUCGGCAGCGCUCCGACUCUCGCUGUCUCUGAGCACCAUCCUGCUGCUGUAUCGCAUUCUUUUCCGCUUCUUCAACCGUCUGCGCGCCCACCUUCUCGACCCCUCAGCAGCACCGUUCCGCCUGCGCAACCCCAGGACAGCCCGCGCGCUGACAUCUACGUACGCGCCCGCCGUAGGCGCCUCCCUAGCCGGUCUGGCCUUGGGCGUCUAUCCGGCGCGGCAGCUGCGCGUGACCAUUGCCCUGUACAUGAUCUUCCGCGCGCUCGAGUUUGGGUGGAACUGCGCCGAGGACAAUGGCAUGAUAUGGGGCUGGGAGAAGGACGCCAACGGGAAGCCUGAACGGAAGCGCACGCGGCCGUCGUGGUGGGGCAGCUGGAUGCUGCAGCCGUUCGCGUUUGGGCAGUUGCUGCAUGCGCUGGUAUUUGACAGAGACUGCUUUCCAUCGUUUUGGAGCAACCUCAUCCUCAAGAACUCGACCUCUUAUUUGCAGCCCAAGCCGGAGAACUACCCCUCAGGUCACAGGUGGCCACAAGCCGGCGAGAUCGUCGACAGUCUCUCCCAGAUGGCGCGGCUUCACUGGCCAGCCUUCAUCUCCCCGACGCUCUUCCCCUUGAAGGACGAUAUUCUCCCUCCCUCGCUGACCGCCAUUUCCUCGAUCACAUCACCCGCCCACCCGCUCAUCACGUCGCUCUCCUGCGCCACGCUCCACCCUUCCGACCCGUCCUGCAGCCGCGCCUUCCUCGCCUUCUGGCUGCGCUCCUUCCCGCCGCUGACGCGCUUCUUCUUUGUCGUCUACUCGGCCAUGCUCAUCCCGCGCCUCUCGGCGCUGUACCAUUUCCCGCUGUCGACGCUGCACCAGCUCGUGUCCAACGCGCUGCGCAUGGCCGGCUUCCUGACGGGGUCGCUCGCCACCGCCUGGUCGUCGGUCUGCUUCUUCCAGGCCUGGUUCCCCCGGGCCUUCCUCCCGACGCAGCGCUUCUUCCUGGGCGGGUUCCUCGCAGGUAUUUGGGCCCUGCUUGAGCAUGGCCGGCGGGGCAGCCGGAGCCUGUUCCUGUCCACUGCCAAGGUCAGCGUGGAGAGCCUGUGGAAGGUCGGGGUGAAGAGGCGGUGGUGGAGGGCGAUGAAGGGAGGGGAUGUGUGGGUUUUCGUAGCGGCGCUGAUGUUGACUGGUGUUGUGUACGAGAAGGAUGUGAAGGCCGUCAAAGAGGGGCCGUGGAGGAAGGGGAUUAGUUGGGUGCGAGGGGAGGGCUGGAAGGAUUGGGGCAUGGAGGAGGAUGACGAGGAGGAGGACGGGGAGGGACGGCUGCAUGAAGAGUGACCGGGUAGGGAUCCGGGCGGUGCGGAUUAUGGUGAGGGAGGUCUCGAGUCGUGUCAAUGUUACUGUUCUACGAUUGUAUUCGUAGUUACCUUGUGGCGUUAUUUUGAUGAGCUGAUGAUAUAUAUGAAUAGGUAGAUAAUUACUAAUCGGAGCUCGCGGAAUCGAGGAAUAUUGAAGUCCGGGGAAACGUGCUGAAGACCCCGUACAGCCCUAGGCUUAAUGCGACGCAGUUGCU